GGCCCGAAGCAUCCUUUGACCCCACCUCGGGUUGGAAGUGCCACAUUGUGCGGCAGCUACAGCAGCGGGACCGCACGCAGAAGGCACUUUUCCUGGAGCUGGUGCCGGCCUAUAAUCAUCUCCUAGAAAAAGCUGAGCUGUUGGCCAAGUUCUCAGAGAAGCUUCAUAUGAAGCCAAAUGAUGUUACUUCUGCCACCCAUCAGAGCUUCUGGGAGGAGUCAGGGCCUGACUCAGACCAAAGCUCACCACAAGAUACUCUGAGGGUGAAGUGGCAGAAGGAGGAGGAGGAGGGGCUCCGCCUGGACUGUGGUGAGAUGGCCUACCAGGUGGUGAAGAAGAGUGCAGCCUUGGAUGCCCUGCAGUCGGAGCUGGAGGAGCGGCAAAGCAGGCUGGCGGCUGUGGAGGCCCGCGUGGCGCAGCUGCGGGAGGCGAGGGCGCAGCAGGUCAGCUUGGUAGAGGAGCUACGGAAGCAGAAUGCGGCGCAGCGGAAGGCCUACGAGGCGCUGCGCGUGCACACUGGGCACCAAGAGGUGGCACUGCGCACGCUCCAGGAGGAGGCGCGCGAUCUGCUGGAGCAGCUCUUGCAACGCAAGGAGCGCGCAGCAGCCGAGUGCAACUUGCGCAACGAGCGCCGAGAGCGGGCCAAUCAGGCGCGGGUAUCCCAGGAACUAAAGAAGGCUGCCAAACGGACUGUGAGCAUCAGCGAGAUUCCACACACUCUACAUGAUGGGAUCAGAGAGCAGACAGAGACUCUGGCUCUGGCUAUUAAGCCUGAGUCCCUGGAGAGUGAGGCUUGUGGGAAGUGGAAAAGGCCUUUCAGGUCUGCCUCAGCCACCUCUCUGACUCUGUCCCACUGUGUGGAUGUGGUGAAGGGGCUGCUAGAUUUCAAGAAGAGGAGAGGUCACUCAAUUGGGGGUGCCCCUGAGCAGCGAUACCAGAGCAUCCCUGUGUGUGUGGCUGCCCGACUUCCUACUUGGGCUCAAGAUGUCCUGGAUGCCCACCUAUCUGAGGUCAAUGCUGUAUGUUUUGGCCCUAACAGCAGUCUCCUGGCCACUGGUGGGGCUGACUGUCUUAUCCACCUCUGGAAUGUGGUAGGAGGUCGUCUGGAGGCCAACCAGACCCUUGAGGGAGCUGGUGGCAGCAUCACCAGUGUGGACUUCGACCCCUCGGGCUCCCAGGUUUUGGCAGCUACUUACAAUCAGGCUGCCCAGCUCUGGAAGGUGGGAGAGGCACGGUCCAAGGAAACACUGUCUGGACACAAGGACAAGGUGACAGCUGCCAAAUUCAAGCUAACAAGACACCAGGCGGUGACUGGGAGCAGAGACCGGACAGUGAAGGAGUGGGACCUUGGCCGUGCCUACUGUUCCAGAACUAUCAAUGUCCUUUCCUAUUGUAACGACGUGGUGUGCGGGGACCACAUCAUCAUUAGUGGCCACAAUGACCAGAAGAUCCGGUUCUGGGAUAGCAGGGGUCCCCGCUGCACCCAGGUCAUUCCUGUGCAGGGCCGGGUCACCUCCCUGAGCCUCAGCCAUGACCAGCUGCACCUGCUCAUCUGCUCCAGAGAUAACACACUCAAGGUCAUCGACCUCCGGGUCAGCAAUAUCCGCCAGGUGUUCAGGGCUGAUGGCUUCAAAUGUGGUUCUGACUGGACCAAAGCUGUGUUCAGCCCUGACAGAAGCUAUGCACUGGCAGGCUCCUCGAAUGGAGCCCUUUACAUCUGGGAUGUUGACACUGGGAAACUGGAGAGCAGCCUUCAGGGCCCUCACUGUGCUGCUAUCAACGCUGUGGCCUGGUGCUGCUCCGGGAGCCACGUGGUGAGCGUGGACCAGGGCAGGAAGGUUGUGCUCUGGCGCUAGGACUACGCCCCCUCAGCCUGGGCUGGAGAACAGCUUCCCUCCGCUUCACAGGGCUCCAGAGCCCACAGGAUGGGGGUAGCCUCCAAAUUUAAUGGGGACGAAGGCCCAGAAAGACUUGGCCUGUUUGUUUAAAAACAGUGUUCUUGUUUAAAAAGUCUUUUUAAAUUAUGUAUCUCCUCACUUUUCCUUUCUAAAGUUGGGGGAAGGGUGACUAACAAAA